GCCUUUGUCCCUCAGAGGUGCUGGGUUGCAGCGGGAGCCGCGGCGGAAAGGGACCGGUGUGUGAAGAGGCUUGCAAGCGUCGGAGGGAGAGCAGGGAAUGUGAGCGGCUGGGGCAGGAGCCAAGUGCUGCGGCGCCCGCGGGUUGAUCGAGGCACACGCACGGCGGCUGCAAGUUCGCUGGACGACUGCACCGUGGGCAGAAGCAGAGCGCGCAUCCAGUCUGUCCAGAAAGGGGGUAGGGGGCCGAAGGAAACAGGGCAGGGCCGCCGGUUCCAACUGCCUCUCCCCUUUCGCUCCUUGCAAAGGAUCUGCAGCUGCAGUAUGACUCUGGAAGAGCUCGCUGGAGACCACCCGGCUUUGGGAAGGUACGAAAUGUAGCUCCAACUGGGCAGGGCUGUGGGGAAGUCGCUCUGCCUGCAAUACCGAAGCGCACCGUAGAGAGAGAGAGAGAGACGGUGGAUGACAAUGGUAGGGGACAAGCGCAGAAGCCGGGCAGCCGGCACACCGCCGCCUCACAGCUGUGAGGGGGGAAAGAGGAGGGGGAUGAAACGGAAAGCGACGAUGCAAAAAUGCCUGACGGGGAUCUGAGAAGAGGCGGCGCGGGGGAGGGAGAUCCGCGCGCGCCCGUGAGUGUAUGCGCGAUGUCUGUGUGAGGCAGAAAUCGGAGAGGCGGGGGAGGCAGGGAUUGUUCCUGACAGGACAAAAGUCAGCACCCGCUUAACUCCCAGUCGCUCAGGCGGCGGCGGCGGCUGCAUCUGACGCCCCGUCUUGAUGAGUCCGGUCGCUGGGGAUCAAAGGUGUGUUCCAUUCAAGACCCUCCCUCAGUUUUGCACGAUGAGGAGGACGGUGCAGGGCGGUUGUAGGCGCUGCCGAAUAGCCCCUGGGGCAGUGAUGCAUUUUGUGUGCGCGCGCCCACGGUUGCUCCCUCUUGUCCGGAGUUUGGCUUUUGUUAGUUUUAAAAUCUUACUAGUCUCUCUGGCUUCUUUCAGCAUGGAGAAGGUGGGGGAUGCCUUGGAGGAAGUCCUAAGCAAAGCCCUGAGUCAGAGAAACAUCACUAUUGGAGUAUAUGAGGCUGCCAAAUUGCUCAACGUGGAUCCAGAUAAUGUGGUGCUUUGUCUGCUGGCUGCAGAUGAGGAAGACAAUCAGGAUGUUGCUCUACAAAUUCAUUUCACCCUGAUCCAAGCGUUUUGCUGCGAGAAUGACAUUAACAUACUCAGAGUGAGCAACCCAAGCCGGCUAGCUGAGCUGCUGCUCUUAGGGGCAAGUGGGGGAGGCGAGCAGCCAGCAGACCUGCACUGCAUACUUGUGACGAAUCCACAUGCUUCUCAAUGGAAGGAUCCAGCCUUGAGUCAGCUGAUCUGCUUUUGCCGGGAAAGUCGUUACAUGGAUCAGUGGGUCCCAGUGAUCAACCUUCCUGAACGGUGACAGUAUAUGGACUAAAUUGAACUGAAUUUUAAAAAUUGCACUGAAGUUUUAAAAUACUUUAGAAGUUUGCUCAGGAAGUAAUUUCUCAGCGUAACACAAAGAUUACAGUAACUGAUGUCAAGUGGGUAGGCUGAGGUUGAGCUACAAAUGGUGUGAAACUGAAGGAUGUUUGACUGCGCUGUUGGAAAAAUGACAGAUCUGAAAGCAGAAGCUGUGUUGGAACUGCAAUAGGAAGUCUUUGGAGGAAGUCAGGCUUCUACAAGAAGGUUCUGAAAGCAGGGUGGCAAAUGCGCUUAGUUGGAGUUGUACAUGAGCAAAUUUUAGUUUCCAUUUUUAAGUAUCUUUCACUUGUAUGAACUAAAAUGGUUAAUAAUUUUUAAAACCAUGCUAUUUUGUUUCAACAUGCUGAUUUCUUAAGUUUUUAUUUUAAGAAACAUUAAGUUAUUUUAUGAUAUUGAUAAAAGAUUUAUUUAUGCUACGGAUCUUCAAGAGCAACCUGCUUACACCAUAUGUAUUAAAAAUGUUUGAAUAGCUACAUUUUAAUAAUUUGUUUGAAAUUGGACUGUGUUCACUGAAAUAAAAUCUUUAAAA